AUGGUCGACGAAGCACUUCAUACCGUUCCUCCUGUCUGUCACAACGUUCCACUGGUUGCUCGCAAAGCGGCAUGUUUCUGGCCCGCUGUAUUGAACUGGUCGCCAGAUUAUUUAGCCGAGGUAAUCAAAGAGAAAUUAAGCUUUCGGAUUGGUCACAGGAAUACGAUUGACUUGCUUCCUCAAUGGGAGUGUGACGCCCGUUAUGUCUCUUCUAGCAUUGGUGAUUUCGUUUCGUGGUGCCGUGGAAAUGACAGUUUUGUAUUUAGCGACUAUCCACGGAAUGAGUGGUGGGCAUAUGCUGCUUAUCUGCACAUGAGGACGACAUCAGCUCUUACAUCGCUUCAAAAUGAUGUCCCCUGGAACUCCAUCCUCCCUUGCUUACCAAGCAAUAGUAGUUCGACAUUUUGGCUUGGUACCGACCAGUCCCACACUCCGUGUCAUUACGAUACAUAUGGUAUAAACUUUGUGCUUCAAGUUUUCGGAAAAAAGCGCUGGAUUCUGUUUCCACCUACGGAUACUCCUUUUCUAUAUGCCACUCGUCUUCCAUUUGAGGAGUCCACUGUUUUUAGUCGCAUUGAUUUCAGGUGCCUGAAUUUUGUUAAGCAUCCUCUCAUUUUAAGUGCUCAUCCGAGAGUAGUCACUCUGCAAUCUGGUGAUCUUCUCUUUGUUCCUCGCCAUUGGUGGCAUUUUGUUGAAACAGUAGAGGACGAUAUAUCUUGUUCCGUGAACUUGUGGAUAGAUCAACCGCUGUUGGAUAACACAGUUCGUUGCAAGGAGGCACUUACUCAACUUGCAUGCUUUUCCUUAACAAAGUGUGCUCCUGAUGGCAGUGGUAUUAUUAACCGCUUGCAUGAGGCUGAGAGGGCCUUUGCUAAUUCAGAAAAUUGGUUUGAUUAUUUGGUGGAAUGUAUUAAUGAUCACGUUUCUUGUCCAUCUCCAAAAAACACAUCUUCACCUCAGUUAACGAGUGAUUCAAUUCUGAACUGGAGUACUCUAUCUGCAGUCGACAUUGUUGACAUUCUUCCUGAUUCAAAUAAAUUGCCUUUAUCAUCUGAAAGUUCCGAAACAAAUAUCGAAAAGAUCGUUUCUGCUUUCCUCCAUCCAGAUGUAAUUGAUCUUGUAUACUCAAAACUUGCGAUUGCAUUUGGGAAGGCAUCGUAUUGUUUCAUGGACUUUCCACAGACUGACGUGGCCAACAGAGGCGAAAGCGAGGAACCAAAUGGUGAGAAUUGCGUAGUUCUGCGCUGCAAAUCGGGAAGGGGACAGUCAGUCCUUGUGUUGAAAGGUGAUCCCACGCUCGAAGAUUUGGUGACCGAAGUAGUCGCCUCUACAGGUAUCAGUCGCGGAGAUUUGGUACUUAGAUCUGGUUAUCCACCCAAGCGCAUUGAUUUGAGUUCAGAAAGUGGUCAGCUAACUCUGAAUGAGCUGAAAAUAUGUUCGGGUGACAGCAUCAUGGCAGAUGCGAUGCCAUUAGAGACGCCUUUUCCUAACAGCGAGAAGGUGUCUUCCUCCCGCCUGAUUCGGAAGGUCGUUCCCUCUGACGAUUGUUGUCUUUUCACAAGCGUCAACUUUUGCGUUAGCAAUCGCGACUCUUCUUGGUUGGUCGAUGAGCCAAUUGUAACAAAUGCUGAAGCCGUGCGGGAGACGCGUACUCUCAUUGCCCAUACUGUACUUAACGAUCCCAUUACUUUCAGCGAAGCCAUUCUCGGAAUGCCCACGAAGGAUUAUGCAAAAUUUAUCCUCGAGCCUCAUAGGUGGGGCGGUGGGAUCGAGGUUUCUAUUCUCUCCAUGCUUUAUGAAGUCGAAAUAGAUGUUGUGGAUGUGCUUACGAGUCGCAUUGAUCGAUUUGGUGAGGACAAAUCCUAUUCGCAUCGGAUACUGCUUCUCUACGAUGGAAUCCACUAUGAUGCGCUUGCUGUGGAACUUUUGGAAUUCGGGACGCUUCAGACAAUAUUCCUCACCACUCAGAUUUCGAUUUUGAUGGAGGCCCAAUCACUUGCGCGUAAGGCGAAGCUAGAGGGUCAGUUCACCGAUCUGACAAAUUGUAAUCUCAUAUGCGUCAUCUGUUGCACCCCUCUGAGAGGGCAGCAGGGAGCCCAACAGCAUGCCAAGUCCACCGGCCACGCCCAGUUUCAGGAGCGCAUCUCGUUGUAG